AAGUGACAGAAUGACGUGCAAGGGUUUGCACGUUUUCUUCUUCUUCUUCUUCGUAGGAGACUAACCUCUUCGUUUUUCAAUCUCGAUAGCUUCGACCACGUCCUUACGACCGCCACGAUCCGCCCUUGCGCCCUCGUAUCGGAGCCAGCCCCCUCUGCCCACGAAGCCGCUCCGGACCGAGGGUCUCAACCACAUGAUAAAAGAGCUACAAACAUUGCUUGAGACGGAGGAAGUCACUAUGAGCGUCGUGCAGAGUCUGGUGGAUCUCUACCAGAGCCAACUCGCAUCGAUACCACUGCUCAGGGAACUCCUCCAGCUCCAAGGACCUUCCCAACAUGGUCCUCAGGGGAUGGAAGAGAUCCUGAAGACUAUUCGAAAAGAUUUGAAGCCUAUCGAAACGCGUGCCAUGCGCGAGCCGCCCACGGUCAGGCUCAAGAUGAAGGGACAUACAGAGUAUCUCGAGGCAGCAACCGCCCUAAAGCCAAGCCAAAUCAUGGAGAUUGUGUCUAGAAUACGAACGCGCGAACGCAAGUCGAAAAGGAGCGCACAGCAACAGAUCAGAGGGACCGUUGACAAUGCUCCAGAUGACGGGGUCCAUGGUCAUGAACAGUCGUGCUGGGAUGCCGUUUUGGGUGCUCGCAUCGAUCGAAACGUGCUCAAACUCUUCUGCAAAGACGACAACGCCGUGCAGGAUAUCUACAGCCGUUCAAACAUUGUCUGCCAAGAACUCAAACUUGGCGAACUUGAACAAGUCCCUGAAAACUACUAUGUCGAAGUUCACGGACUUAGGCUGUCGAGAGAAGAAUUCGAGCAAAAUCACAAUCGGGACGAAGCUUGGGGAAAAGAAAACUCGGUCAAGAUUGUCCACAGCGCGAGGACUUUUGGGAGGACUGUGUUGACUCUGACUGAUGAGAAGGAUGCUCUCCGUCUGUGCAAUGAAUGGGUUUACUUGAGUGGAUCAAAGGUCGCGGCUGAGGCUGUUGACAUCCGCUCGGUGCCACUUUUCUGCGUGAAUUGUUGCGGACCUGGUCACUUUAAAGAUCAGUGCACCAAUUCUCAGCGAUGCGGAAAAUGUGCUGAAGAGCAUAGCACAUUCCUGUGCAAAGCUAUCAAGCAAAGGUGCCCCAACUGCAAGAAUGAGGGCCUUAGGGAUAUUAAGGAUCAAGGCCAUACGGCCUGGUCCCCGGAGUGCCAAUCCGUCGCAACGAAGCGAAUGUUUGACAAUUGCAAGCAACUCGCAAGCGUCAAAGUUCCUUGGGCCUCAUCCUCGGCUCAACAUCAGACUACGUGUGAGACCUGUCAGACCACAGCUCCCCCGAAAACACGAAGGAAUAGGAAAAUCCAACUGGGGCAUCAUCAGUGCCGUCGUCUGUCGGCGGUUCGAACCGCGGCAACAGCCAGCAAGUCAUGGGUGUGCCGGUGGGUAAGGAUGGGACCGAAGCUGAGGCGAGGGGCAACAAAGCCAUGCAGACGCCCAGAGCCUCCUCAGGCCGUUCCCCUCUGGGACCUGAGAUUAAAGUUCCCAAUGCCUUCGAAAGAAUGAAGUCUGGUUUUAGUGGCAUUGCAACUUCAUCUAAGCAGAUAGUGCAGACAAGUGUGGGCAGAGCGGGACACGAGAUGGAAGAGCCGGGGAAGAGAGGUCGUGGUAGGCCACCAGGGGUCAAUCUCCACACC